AUGGCUACAAUUAACAUUCUUCCCACUCUACUUCUACUAUCAUGUAUUGUUACCUUCCAAGUUGGUUUAGCAUCUCGAAACAUGCAUUUGGAUGAGCCGCCUAGCAAUCACGAUGACCUCGUUUCUAGGCUUUAUGAAAAAAAGGAUGGUGGGGGGCUAAUCGACUGUUGGAAUGCAUUAUUGGAGUUGAAAUCGUGUACGAAUGAAAUUAUACUUUUCUUUCUUAAUGGAGACAGUUACUUGACUAUGGAUUGUUGUAGAGCAAUUCGUAUGAUAACAUUCGGGUGCUGGCCUUCAAUGCUUACAUCUCUUGGUUUUACUUCAGAGGAAGCUGAUAUUCUUCGAGGUUAUUGUGGUGGCGCCUCACCGAUGCCACAACCAUCAAUACAUGCUUAA